AUGUGAUCUUCCUGUCUCUCUCUUGUUCAAAGAAUUAGAAUCCCCAAUUUUCUUUUAGGGUUUUGAAGUUUGUUUAUCAGGGCAUAACUGGAGGAGAUCGAUCUUUAUGCUGCAAAACAAGGGUGAUUCUGUAAAUCAAUUGCAGCAAACACUUGGUAAUGGUAGAAGUAGUGUUGCUGUUGAUGAUGAAGAUAUAAUCAAAUGUGAGAUACUAAGUCGACUACCUGUUAAGUCCCUUAUGCGUUUCAAAUGUGUAUCUAAAACUUGGCUGUCACUAAUCGAAGAAGAUCCAUGCUUUGCUGAUUUACAUUUUGAACGCUCAAAAGCACGUCCAGCUCUCCUUUUGGUGUUUCCAUUCCCAAGAUGGCUUCCAAGUAAACCAUUGAGGGCCAGCAAUGAGUUUGUUUUAACAGCCAGUCUAAGUGGAGAUGGAAGAAAAGCAGAAAUACACAGUAUACUGAACACCGAAUCAUUCAGUUGCGCUGAGGUUCGCGGACCUGCAAAUGGUUUGGUCUGUUUUGUUGACAGAUUAAUGUCUAACGUUCGCGUAUACAACAUCAGCACUAGAGAGGUCACUUGUGUUAGAUCAACAUUUAUGCCCAAGGCAUGCUUUUAUUUUGGCAGGACCAAUUGGUAUGGAUAUGAAAUUGGAUUUGAUCCGGUCAGUAAAAACCACAAAGUAUUGUGUGUUUGCCGUAACAAUCGGCAAUCAGGUCAGAACCACCUUGGUGAUCAGCAUAUCGUUUGCGAGGUCUUGACUGUAGGAGAUAACGUAUGGAGAAGGAUUGAUGAGGUCCCGCCUUGUGAUUUUAACUUCUUUUCUGGUUCUGUUUAUGUGAAUGGUUCUAUUUAUUACCUCACCUCUAAGUUUAUGAAGGGCGAUUGGGUUGACAGUGAUGCUAUCUUAGUUGCGUUUGAUGUGGGUACUGAGAGUUUCAGAAUGAUUCCAAUCUCUAAUCUCUUCCUCAAUAACCGGCCCUCUGAUCGUUAUCCACGUGCCAGCUUGCUAGAAGUGGACGAGCACAUAGCUAUAUCUUGCAGAAUGAGUGCUUAUAUUGUCAAGCUUUGGGUAUACAGCGGAGAUACUGAGUAUGGUGAUAAUAAGGGGAAUAGGACUAAAACUGCAAUUCCUGGUAAUCUUGAGGGGAACUGGACUGAAGAUACUAUCACAUUACCUUCUUCUUGGGACUAUAAUCUACACUGGGGGUUCUACACUGGUGCGGGUAUGCACCAAAUACUCAUAAAAUCUGUUCAACGGUUAAAUGGAGGAAUAAACUCUGCCACUCUUUAUUCUUAUGACCUGAAGACGAAGACGUUCACAGAAAUUGAAGUCAGUGGGAUCCCCUCUUCUAUUCCAGAUGGCCGGUGUAUUAAAUCGGCUUCAACUUUUGUAGAAAGCCUUUAUCCCAUUCAGAAGCGGAGAAUCAGCAGUGAGGCUCCUCAUUCAAAUAUUCAACAAGAGACCGAGUGACUCUCUAAAAGUCUGACAGUCUGGUUAGGGUUCUUUACAGUAGAUGCAGGGCGGCUGCGGAACUGAUUGGAACCGUGUAGGAAUCUGUAUUUCUUGCUGGUAAUUUCUUUUCCAUAACAAUGCCUAUUGAUCAUGUUUCGAUCUCAGUUUUCUUGUCAGUAACCCAAGUUUGAUUAAUCCAUACUCAACUGGCAAUGUGACAGAGUGAUGUCAUUAAAUGAUACUAUGCUUUUGUUUUUUUGUUUUUCUUAUUCUAGCGAAUCUCUAAGUAAAAUUGUAGUAGUUUUUUAUUCUGGCAUUAUCCAUUUUGCGGUCUUGACA